ACUAUUGGCGAUGUCGUUCAUAACAAAAAGAGAAAGAGUAUUUAAUGAAUAUGAUUUAUACGAUUUACCAUCGAGGAAUGAAGGCAAGAUCAAGGCGUAUGCAUCGUGCACUGACGCAAGAGCAUGGUCCCAUUUUUGUUCUGAUAAAACCGAACAUCUGGUAGAAAUUAUAAAGAGGAACAAUGAAACCUGUAGACCGAAGUAUGUACCGACUGAUGUAAUCGUAAACACUUUAAUGGGGGCAAAGAAUGCCGAAAUUAGUCGCCUCAAACGUAAGAUUGGUGAAUUUGAGCAAAUGAUUGCUGCCUACGACCAGCUAGAGCUGACAUGCGAUCAGAAAUGUGAGAUAGCAAAUGCUCAUGCUGCAAUAAGGGCUGCGAAUAAAGAGCUUGACGAAAUGUGCUUGGAUCUGGACUUGUCUGGUUUUACUGAGGGUAUUGAUUCAGAAGCAUUUGAGACCGGUAAAUCGAGGGGUGACGAUACUGGAAAAUCUAAAGGAUACGAGACUGAAAGAUCAAGAGGCGAAGAUGUAAGUAAAAAUAUCCACUUGCUGCUUACUGCAUAUGAUACGAGAUUAGACGACAUGCAAGAUACAAUAAUCAGGAAAGAUGCUAAAUUAAAUGCUAUGCAAAAUAAAAUUGCAGUAAUGGAAAACGAUGUGUGUGAACCGUACUGCAUAUAUGCUCAUAUAUACACUGCCUUGGAGAAAAUAUUUGGAACGCUUUGCCAAAAUGGAAAGUAUAAGCAAUACUUAAACUUGUUGACUGCUGGAAAAGAUACCCGUUGUAUUGAUAUAAAAGGAAAAAUUCUUUAUAAAAUGAAAGUUUUGGAAAAAUUUUGUCUUGCUUUGAUUGCUCCGUGCUCCCAAGAAUUUAGCGAACAUACCUCAACACACGAUUGUUCCUGUUACCGUGCUGAAAUAAUUGCCCAUGUCGAACCUGCCUUGGCUAUUGCUUCUACUGAGCCGAACAAAAAUCACUUAGAUGAUAGAAGAGCCCAGUUAGUAGCUGAUAUCAUAGAUAAUGAAGAAAUGAAAGAGAUUUUAAGUAAAGACAGUAUAUUAGCUAAAAAUGAGCAACGUGAUGAAAAUUACGGAUUUGAUAGCUGCAGUAUAGACACGGAGAGUCUAAAUAGAUUAAAGAAUUUACAAGCAAAUUAUGAUGAAUUAUUAACUUGUUACGACAAUUUAAAACACGAAAAAGAUUGUUUGUUUUUACGAUGCCAAAAAUAUAAUGAUCUAGAAAAAGAAUGUGAGUGCAUGCAAAAUCGCUUGAGAGAAUACAAACUGCUUUGGGCUGAAAAAGAGCACUAUCGAAAACGGUCAGAAGAUUUAGACACAUUAAAAGAAUCAUAUUAUGUUUUAUCCGAAGAAACUACGAAUUUAGAAACGAAACUAAAAGCAGAAACGGAAAUAAAUAAAAUUAAACGCAACAACAUUACACACUUACAAAGUGAAAAUGUCGCUUUGGAAAAGAAAUUGCAGGAAUUAAAUUUGGCAUUUGAAACGGAAAAAAACUCUUUAAUGUGUAAAUUAAAGGAAUACGAAUGUAAUAUAAUGUGUCAAGAUCAACAAAUUAAAUCUUUAUCUCGGCAAAUAGACAAAUUUCUUGAACAAGGGCACGAAGAAGCAAGUAUUGGAUUUUCAGCGAGAUCGGUUGAACUAUUAAAUGAAAUUGAAUCGCAAAAGGAACAAAUAAGAAAUUUAAGUCAGGCACUACUAUGCAAUGAAGAAGAAAAACAGUUGCUACAGGAAGAUUUCCAAACAAAACUCGAAUUAAUAAAUGAAUUAAAAAUGGAACUAGAAAAUAUAAAGGAUAAAUCAGAAAAACUUCUUCAAACUAAUAUAUGCCUAGAAGAAUAUACAAGAGAUUACCAAAAACAAAUACAACACCUUCGUGAUCAAAACAAAAUGUUAGUACAAGAAAUAGAAAAUAAAAAAUCUAAUGUCGAAAAUUUGAAGGAAAUAGUUGAGUCAAAAUCACAAGAAAUCAAUAAUUUAACAAACAUUGUAGAGAGUAAAAGCAAUGAAAAUUUAGAGCUUUUACAACAAUUAAAUAGUAAUGAAGAAAAUCACAACAAAAAGUUAGCCUUAAUUAAUUAUGAAAAUGAAACUGCUAUCGAUUCCCUUAAAUCUGCACAACGUGAGAGUUAUGAAGUCUUAGCAGCAUUUAGAAACUAUCUUCAAAAGAAUGAACCUACGCAAUUAAAACCAGAUGGCUUACCUAAAGACAAGGGAAGUGAUAUUUAUGAUGAAGAUGGUUUCAGUGUACAUAGUAAUAAGUCUGUUCUAUUAAAUGAAAUAAAAAAAUUACACGAAAUAAGCAUUCAUAGUCUACAUUCUUUACUGGAUGAAAAUAUUCGGAACAAAGAAUCUCUUGACGUAUCUAGGAAAGAGAGUAAAAUAUUGGCAAAAAAAGUAGAAGAUAUUGAAGAACUACGUCAAAAAUUAAAAGAUCUAAAACAUUCCCAUGAAAAUCUCUUAAAAGAUAAUAAUACACUUCAAAAUGAACUAAGUUACAAAAAACGGGAACUCGACGACUUAAUUAAUUCUUUUCUGUUGACAAAAAAAGAAAGUAAUGACUUAUUAGAACGACUAAAUAAGAAUGAAAACAUAAAAGAUGAAUUUCUGAAACUCAAUGCGUUAUACCAAAAAUUGGGAAAUGAACGAAACGUCUUAAAAAAUGAGCUUCAAAGUAAAGAAAAGGAACUACAAAAUUUAACAAAUCUUUUGAACUGUUGCAAAAAUGAGAAUGAAAAAUUACUCUUAGAAAAUUUACGUAUUCAAGGUCUUGAAGCUAAGCUUAUAGAAUUAGAAUCAGAAUAUAGAAAUCUCAAUACAGAAAGAGAACGUUUACAAGAUAUGUUUGACGCAAAAACAGAAGAAAUGAAUAAUUUAUACAAUAACUUUGAACUUAAAAUAGAAGAAAACAGACAUUUAUUUGAUAAAAUAGAGCAAUUGCAAGUUAAAAAAUCAGACCUAAAGGACGAAAAUCGAAAUAUCCAAAACAAUUUGAUGCUCGUGAAGAAGGAAAGCGCUGUAUUGUUAAGGAAAGUGGAGACCGAUCUCGAUAAUUUAAAACAUGCUUAUGAUACUGUCAAUCAGGAAAAACAAAGACUUGAAAUGGAGAUUGAGGCACAAAAAAAGCAAUUACAAGAAAUCAAUGCAGAGAAUAAAAUAUUACAUAAUCAGAAGAAGGAAUUAUUAGUGCAUUCAGAAGAUCUAGAAAACGCACUUAUUGAUGCUCGUAGUGCGUUAAAAGAACAAUCAAAUUCACCCAAAAAUUAUUUAAAUAACGUGAAAGAGGAAAUAGAAGCGAUGAAGAAAGAGAAAAUAUUGCAACAAAAAAAUAUAAGGGAUUUAACUGAUAGAUUAGAUGAAUCGGAUAUAAUAAUAUCAGAACUCCGAGAAGAUAUAUCUAUGCGUGAUAGUAAAAUAGCUACGCUACAAAAUUAUGUUAAUGAACUAGAAGAAGAAGUAAGGCAUCUUAAUAACAAUAUAGCAGUUGCAGUGGAAUCCAGUGAACAAAUACUGGACAGUAGUCAUAAGAAAAUAGAUGAAUCAUUAAAAAUUUUAGACGCACAUCAUUCUAAGGCAACUCAUAAUAUGAAAAUGGAUUUAACUAAACUGAAACAAGAAUAUUCUCUCUUAGAAAAUCAGCUUUCCAUUACAAAAAGUCAAAUUGAGGAGGUGAAUAAAGAAAAAUACAAAUACAUGAAUGACAUAAGAGACUUACAAGAUGAAAGAGAUGUAAUGUUACAAAACAUUAAAGAGUUAGAAUUAGUAUGUGCAGGAGAUAGCGAUUUGUCAAAUGGUAUAUGCACCGUUAACGAUAUUUUAAAUUCAUUAAAUCGAAUUCGUAAAUGUGUGGUGGUAAGAAGCUCUAAAAGUACAUCACUUGAGCAGACAUUGCUAACAGUUCAGAAUUCAUCUCGUAUACUUUUAAGUAAAGCAGAUGAAGCUAAAAAAAUUGCUGAGAACGAAAAACAAAAGAUAGCAGCCGAAAAAGAGGAAGCAAUUAAGGAAAGACUCGUUAUGGAGAAACAAUUAGCAAUAUUGGAAACAAAAUUGGAAGAACAAAUAGCUAAGGAUCAAGAGCUUAUAAAAAAUUUAGAAGCCAAACUUUUAAACCAAAAACUAAUGUUCGAAAAAAUUAAUGAAUCAUCACAAAUUUAUAUUAGAAAAUUAGAAACUGAAAUUUUAAACCUUCAAGAUUUAUAUAAAAAUUCACUUUCAAAAAUAAGUGAAUUACAAGAAAAGUCUUUAUCUAUUUCUGAAGAAAAUAACAAAAAAAUAGAAGAAAUAGAAAAUGUCGCAAAAAAUUUGGAAAGAAAAUCAAAAGAAAUAACUCACCUUAGGAAAUGUAUUGAUGAUCUCAAAAAUAAACCAAUGAAAUGUAUAGAUAUACAAACUGAUAAAUUUGUUUCUACAGUAGACAUAUCAUGUCAAACUUACUCCAAUACAUCAAAUAAAAACGAUGAACGUAAUAGCUUUACUACAAAUAAUGAAAAUUUUAAUAUUGUUGGAGAUGAUGUUGAAAAACCUAUAAAUGAGGGGAGUAUGUCGGAAGUUGAAACAUCUGAUACUAUCAUGUCUGAAGAAAAGAAAGAUAAUAUAAAUGAUAUUCGUCAACGUCAUAAAAUAAUAGAUAUAUACAACACGCAUUCUGUUUUUACUCAUAAUACUGAAUUGAGUAGUAAAAGUCCAGAUAUGGGUUCAACUUUCAAACUAACAAAUGACACUUUCCUAAAUGAAAAUAAUCGCAAAGAUGGCAAAAAGUUAAACAAAAUUUCUAGUUCAGGGCAAGCUACAGAUAAUGGUUUAUUUCUUAUUUAUAAAGAUAGCGAUGUAAAUCAAUCCGACUUUGAUAAAAAGUCGUGGCCUAAUCAAAUACAGUCCAAAUUAGUCGUGGAGGCUGCAACGAUUGAAAACAAGAUGAAUGUUAAAGCAAAUACGAAGACUUCCUAUCCAAGUAACGACCAGGCAACAUAUAACCCAGAAAUUGAUAGUAAUCAAGAUGAUGACAGUGUUAAGCCUAAACUUACUCUCAGUUUACCAAGAGUUUAUACAGAUAGCCUAUCAAAGGCAACGAAUUCUGAAAGUGAUAAAAAAUCAUUGUCUUUAGAUUCAUAUACAUUAGCUAUUUAUGCCUCACAAAAAUAUACACAUUCUGAUAUGGAUUUAAAUGAUUCGUAUUCUAGUGAUCAUAAAAAAGCUAAAUAUUUACGAGAUCUAUCUGAAAACAACAAGAUACGAACAGAAGAUAAAAUUGAUGAUAUAAAUCAUAUUAUUAACAAUGAAUUAAUAAAGCCCGAAUCACUCAAGCAAUAUAAAAAUGCAAACAAAAAACAAAUUUCGUCACAUGGAAAAGAUAAAUCUAUGUUAAGUGCACUUAUUGAUAAACAAAAUAAAGACGAUAUUAAAAAAUAUCAGGAUUCUGAAAAACAUAGGAUGCCAAAUGUGUCUACGCAUCAAAAUAACAAAAAAAAUCACAAACAAGGAUCAAACUAUGGCCUAAAAUAUAUUCUAGAUUCCGUCCCGAAAGGUGUUAACAAUUUUAAAAUUAAAAGCAAUAGUAUGCGAAGGAGUCAAAGUGAUGAUAAUUUAUUCUUUGCAAAAGAUUAUAUUAGUGAGCGCAGUGGAUCAAGGUCGCUUAGUCCUUUGCUGAGAUCAUUUACAGACUAUAGAGCUACUUCAAAAGAUGUUAGUAAAACCAGCAAAAAUGGUCCAUCCAGUUUUUCAAUAGAACAAGGUGUAUUGGCAAAGUUAGAUAACAUUCAAGAAUAUGAAAGUAAAAUAAAAGAACUCACAACUACUUUGGAUAAUAUUGAAAAGCAUUAUAAAAUGAAAAUUGAAGCUGUAAAAGCACAGUAUGAUAAUAACAUAAAAAAUAUUAUUAACGAACACAAUCAAGGUGUUGUUAGUAUACAAAGCUUACACGAAGAAACUCUCAAUGACGUUAUAAAGAGUCACGAAAGUGAAAUUGAAAACUUGAGAUCCAUGAGCAUCGAAGCAAUGCGCAAAGUGGAAUUACUUGAAAAAGAGAAUACUAGAUAUAAACUGAAACUUCACGAGCAACAUCCAAAUGACAGCAAUGAGGAACCCAUAAAAAUGUCUUCUCCAGAAAUGAGGAAACGAAAACAUAGAAGAAGUGAAACAAGGAUGUUAACAAAAACAAAUAUAGAAGCGUUUAAUGUUAGGCCGAAACCUCGAUCUCAUGGACCUUGUACUUGUACUUUAGAUUCCAAUAUUUCGGAUACUAUUCGAAAUAUAUUCGAACAAGUAGACGUGGACCAACGUCGUAUGGCUGAACAUGCAUAUAUUAAAUAUAUAGCAAAUAAAAUAAUUAACAAGAAUGUAGAGGGUUUGGAUGCACAAGAACUAGCCUUCCUCCAUUUAAAAGUGUGUCGCACAUGGAAAACUAUGUUAAGUAAAGAAGAGGUGCUUAAAAAACGCAUUGAUUCGUUGGAAAGCGAAUUAAUAAAUAAACAACGACAAACUCAAAAACAUAUAGCUGAGCUGGACCGUAAAGUAGCUGAGGAACGGCGGCGUUUACAAGAAGUACGUGAAGCGGUAUGCAGGAAUACUCCAGCUGACUCCCGUGAAAGCAGCCCUCAGUCGCAUCUUCCAGUUCCGGAAAAAGAUGUUUGUAAAUGUUAUUCCACAUCGUGCAACACGGAUGUAGAAGAAAGACUUUCAGCUGGAGACUUGCAACUCGGCGUCGCUGCCUGCACGCUGCGCCCGAAACGCCAAAAGCAGGAGAGUAAUCGGUACUGCGUAUUUUUACAGGCGGUAUCAGCGAAAUUGGAUUCAAACGGACGCAAGAACAGAAAACAUUAUCACGACGAGCAGCCGAUCCGUUUGAGGCAAUCUCAAGACCGUCCAACUAAAGGCGGUCAUAAGAAAUGACAUAGAGAACAAGUUAUACAUUAUAAAUUUUAUAAAGACUGGUGGUUUUUAGCUGUCGUGGGUCUGUUGUAAAAAUUCAUGCACACAAGUGACUUUUGUAUGGCUAUAUUGACCAGAGUUUGUAAAAUUAUAAGUUUCGACAGUAUUGGCACCCACAUUCCAUUUGCUAAGGUUAAUCGUUAAGUCAAAUUAAAUUAGAAAUCAUUUAAAAUUUCUUUGAACGAUGGCUUGUAGGAUGCUAUUUAUUUUCAAAAUUGAUUAAUGCUUUUUUAAUGUUUUACAAAGUUUCGUUAUUUAUGUGUAUUAUUAUUAUUUAUAUUUAUCUGUGUAAAACAUUGCAAAUUAUCAAAGUUCUUUAUAAAAAGAUUAUAAAACCUUAAUUGUUUUUCUUCUUUGCCUCAAAAUUAAAAACAACAGAUUUUUUCUUAAACCCAUAUUAAUUACUCUACUGCAACAUUACAGUGUAUUUGAAAACAUACAAAUGUAAUCAAUAUGAACGCAUAUAUAUAUCUAAGUUAGAUAUAAAAGGAAAUAUAUUUAUCAUAGAUACAAUUAUUUCCCGAAAUUCCGCAGUGGGGCCAAAUAGUACACUGAAUUAACAAUUACAUUGCAAAUAACUUCUAAAAAUCUUUAUAAACUGUAUUUGUACGUACGUACAAUAUCAAUAUAUUUUUCUAAUGUCUUCAGCAAACAGACAGCUUUUUUCCUGUUUUGUUAUAUCACUACAUUAUAUAAAGCAAAGUCGCUUGCCGCAUCUGUCCGUAUGUGUAUGCUAAUAUCUUUGAAACGACACUACAGAUUUGAAUGGAAUAAAAAA